UUAUUUUUUGCUCACGUAACCAUUUUUAAUUUGUAUUGCGGUUCACGACGAUCAGGCUUUGGAAUGUUAGAAUCCGGCUGCGUAUCUUUAAAAAACGAAGUCAACAUCAUGAUGAAGAACGUCGUCGACAUUGCUCUUGGCGGCUUGACGUUCUGGCUCUUUGGUUUCGGAAUGAGCUUCGGUAUGGACAAACCAACGAAUCAAUUCAUCGGCGUCGGUGGAUAUCUGAUCGAUCCACAGAUAGACGACGAUCUGUUCGGCCCAGCUUGCGCAGCUUUUAUAUUUCAAUUGAGCUUCGCCACGACUUCGACGACUAUCGUUAGCGGUGCUAUGGCCGAAAGGUGUAAUUUCAAAGCCUACUGUCUGUUCUCCUUCUUGAACACCGUCGUGUACUGCAUGCCAGCUGGAUGGGUCUGGGGUGAUCAUGGUUUCCUGAGAAAAUGGGGAGCCGUUGACAUAGCUGGCUCUGGUACCGUACAUCUCGUAGGCGGGGUAUCCGCCCUGGCGUGUGCGAUAAUGCUGGGACCUCGCCUGGGCAGGUACGACAACGGCAUCGAUCCUCUGCCUCUCGGAUGUCCUGUAAACGCCCUCAUGGGACUCUUCGUUCUCUGGUGGGGUUGGUUGGCGUUCAACAGUGGUAGCACCUACGGGGUCAGUGGCCAGCGCUGGAAAUAUGCUGCCAGGGCGGCUGUCUCGACGAUGCUUGGCAGUAUGGGUGGUGGACUCGUUGGUCUUGGAUUUAGUUUGGCCAAUCCCAAGGGUAUCGAUAUACUCUGCCAAAUCAAUGGGAUACUCGGUGCUCUUGUUGCCAUCACUGGUGGUUGCUUUCUCUUCAAAGCCUGGGAGGCUAUACUGGUUGGAAUGAUCGGAGGCUUCUUAACGUGCUUUCUCAUGCCGAUGCUCGACAGACUGGGCAUAGAUGAUCCUGUUGGAGCUUCUGCUACUCAUGGCGCCAGUGGAUUCUGGGGGGUCAUAGCUAUAGGCUUCUUUGCUGACAAUCCUUAUCCUCUUGACACCACCAAUGGUAGAAAGGGUUUGUUCAAAGGUGGAGGAUGGUAUUUGCUGGGAAUACAAAGUCUUACAGCUCUGUGCCUGGCGGUCUGGAGCUUCCUAUCGUCGAUCAUUCUCUUAUGGAUAAUAGAUAAAAUUAUACCGAUAAGAAUGGACGCCCAUGAGGAAUUACUCGGUGCGGAUCUAGUGGAGCAUCGGAUACGCCACUCACAAGUUGGCGUGAGCCGAGCAUUGUCUGCGCUCCAGCCCCUAUCUAAGAAAAAAACGAGCUUGAUUGACAUUCCUUCGGUCGGAAGGAAUCCAGGACAUGAUUCUUUCUUGACAAAAUUCGUUCGCACAAAGCGGCUCAAAAAUGGAUUGAGGGCUUUCAAUCGUCCUCCCCUAAAUAAAACGAGAAGUAAUUUAGAAAAGGCGCUACCGGUCUCGACGAUCAACUCGGACCAACUCGGUACACUGAAGGUAGCUUGGACUAAUUAAUCAGAAGCUUUCAAUAGUUUUAAUCCAAUCGACGCGUCGAUAUAACAUGUUCACUAACACUUAAAAUUACGUAUGGUUAUACUAAAUACUUAUUCAGUAUUUUUCUUCUACACUUAUGAUUCUACGAAUGAUAUGAAUCUUAUUAGCUCAUUGAUGAAAAUAAAUAACUUAUAUAAAUACUUAUGUACAUUUAUCGAUGAGUGUAUUGGCAAUAAAUUUGCUCAAGCUUUGUUUUUUGUAA